ACCGAGAAGAAUGUACUUGUACAAUGCUAGAAAGCCUUUACAAAAACUAGUCUGCCUCGAGAAAGACACCGAUUCUUUCAAUGCCAAGGCAGGUAUACAACUCCGCUCCUCAGCAAAAACGCCCUUCCCUACAACUGACCCUAUACACCAUUGACAUGAACAUAAACAGACACCAAAAAAGAAAACACAACCGGCCCUCCCCAUUUCCCAACCAACUACAUCACAGCACAGCUGCCAUUGCGGGCGGCAGCCGCAGCCAGCUGGCCAGCAGCCAUAGACACGGCGUGGGCCGUCUUGCGCGAGUCGUCGGCGUCGAACUUGUCGUAGGCGCGCUGCAGGACGGGCCGGAGGUCGUCGCCCAUCUGGUCAAGGCGGCGACCGCGCGCCUCGACGCGCACGAACCCCUUGAACUGCGCGACCGCCGGCGAGAUGCCGAUCAGCCCGCCCUUACCCCCAAAGUCCAUCUCGAGCAGCUUGCGCGGGAUCGCGUUCCACGUCUGCGCCUCGGCCGCGCUGAUGGUGGCGUCCGGGUCGCUGGCGCUGUUGCCGGCGAGGAUCACCGUCGUGAACACGUCGGCGAAGCACUGGCAGUUGUUGCGCAGCACGUUGUAGUGCCCGCUAUUGAACACGGCCCAGAUCAUGUCGGCUGGGCGGUGAUUGAGUAUCUGUUAAGCAAAGGGUUUCGUUUACAUUUUCGUUCCUUCUUCUUGGUGGUUGGAGGUAGGGACUUACCAAUCUCAGAUAGGCGCUCGUUGGCCAGGACGGUCUGGCCGAGCUUGAGCGGCGGCUUGAUCAGGUGCGGGUGCGCCUCCUGCCACUCGGACAGGGCCCCCUUUCCAAUGUGGAAUCGCCUGCCGUCGGUGGCCGUCUUCUGCUUCGCCACGUCGUACACUCUAUUUCCGACGACAAUCGCCCAGUGGGACGUGGCGAUGAAGGGCAGCUCGAUGUCGAUGUCGAUGUCGAGACGGUUGGCGAGCGACUGCACAGAAUCGAUUGGGCAGAUGUGCAGAUAGAUGUCCCGUGGUGCGACACGCUUAAUGGGUGCCAUGUGGGUGAGGGAAGUAAGAAGGUGAAGAUGGGUGUUUCGGCGAUUCUUUCGUGGUUUGACGUUUUCGUGUCAUUUUUGUUAAUUACAUCAGGGUGAUUGGGAUUUUCACUUGCUUCCCAGAGCCAUGGCUAGGUUAAGUAAUGCUGCUGGCCCAAGAAGUUCAGCUCUGGUGACUGUCUAUGGCCGUGUGUACUAAUUAGG